GUCUCUCUCUCUCUCUUCAAUGGAGCUACAGAAAUGGUUGAAGUCUUUGAGAUUCUGAUAGAAGGCAGGUAGUAGUAUUCAUUCUGUCUUUUCUUGGAAGGCGUUUAUUCUCCCAUGAGAAGCAAAAUCAUCAUAUUAACCUCAUUUUAACCUCAUUUUCUCCGUUUCUCUCGAAUCGGUUAUGGUUUUCUUCAAAGGGAUUUUAGUGUUUCUUCUACCAACUUUUCUACUGCUCUCGGCAUCCCUUUUCUCAUUCGCAAAUGCCCAUUUUGAAGAAGGUGAGAAUGAAUACGGUGUUAUUUCUUGGGGAGCGAAAAGGUCUGUUCUUGGGUUUAACAACAAUGGAGGAAAUGUUCAGAAUAAAUCGAUGAUUUUAGCAGCUGAUAGAACCAGGAGGAAAGACCCUCUUAACAAAUUCAAUUACUACACUGGUGGAUGGAAUAUCAGUGAAGUACAUUAUUUCUCUUCUGUGGGUUUUUCUGCUGCUCCUCUCUUUGUUAUUGCUGGAAUCUGGUUUGUUGGAUUUGGCUGCUUCUUGCUUCUCUUCUGCGCCUGUUGCUGCUGCUGUUGGCGGACAAAUUAUGGUUAUUCUCAAACUGCAUAUGCAGCUUCUCUUAUUUUUCUCUUACUCUUCAGCCUUGCUGCAAUUAUUGGCUGUGUCAUUUUAUACACCGGGCAAGGAAAGUUUCAUGACAGUACGUCAAACACAUUGGGUUAUGUUCUCAAUCAGGCUGGAUUUACGGUUGAUAAUCUCAGAAAUGUAUCGAAUUAUCUAGCUUCUGCUAAGAAAGUAGGAGUGAAUCAAGUGGUUUUGCCUUCGGAUGUUCAAAACAACAUCGAUGAUGCUAAUGCAAAGAUUGUUUUUGCUGCGAAUACUCUUCAAAGUGUGACCGUAAAGAACAAGGAUAAUAUCGACAAAGUUUUAGGCGAAGUGAGGUUGGCUCUUGUUAUAGUUGCUGCGGUGAUGCUUCUUGUUGCAUUGCUUGGUUUCUUUUGCUCUGUUCUUGGAUUACAAUUCUUUGUAUACUGUUUGGUGAUAAUUGGAUGGAUUUUGGUGGCAGUUACAUUUAUCUUGGGUGGUGUAUUUCUCCUCCUCCACAAUGUUGUAGGAGAUACAUGUAUAGCCAUGGAUGAAUGGGUGAAGAACCCGACAGCACACACAGCCUUAGACGAUAUCUUACCAUGUGUGGACAAGGCAACCGCCCAACAAACAUUGACACAGAGCAAAGAUGUAACCUCCGCUCUGGUUUCAAUAGUUAAUGGGAUUAUCGCAAAUGUAUCUAAUGUUAAUGUGCCUAAUAACCUUAAGCCACUCUAUUACAAUCAAAAUGGCCCGUUGGUGCCAUUUCUUUGUAAUCCCUACAAUUCGGAUGAUGGGUCUAACCGUGCUUGUGCCAUUGGUGAAGUAAAUCUCAACAAUGCCACUCAGGUGUGGAAGAACUAUGUUUGUGAAGUUUCCAACGAUGUUUGCACAACCGUGGGGCGUUUGACACCAUCAAUGUACAACGAAAUGACAAGUGCUGUGAAUGUCAGCUAUGGCCUUUACCACUACGGACCAUUCCUCAUAGGGCUACUCGACUGCAGCUUUGUUCGAGAGACUUUUACGGUCAUAAGUAAAGAUCACUGUCCAGACCUGACCCGAUAUAGCCAAUGGGUCUAUGCAGGCUUGGCAGUUGUUGCAGGUUCUGUUAUGUUGUCUUUGGUCUUUUGGGUACUUUAUUCUAGGGAGAGAAGACAUAGGAAGUAUACUAAGCUUGUUGAUUCUUCAUCCGUUCAUAGUUCUUUUGGGGACAAGAGGAUAAGAUGAUUUUCAGAUUUUUGUUUGUUAACUUUCAGGAUUAUCUAUCUAUCUAUAUACAUAUGUGUGCAUUUGGGCUUGAUAAAUAU